ACACACGCCACAAAUGACAUGGCUCGCGGUAGCAGCCCAGUCCCUUUCUGGCAGCAGCUACAAGUACCCAAUGGCCUCGUGCCACGUAUCGGUCACAGCGCGACGCUCGUCGGCAGCUGCAUGUACGUCAUGGGCGGGCGACUGGCGGAUCGCUCGCACGUGAACGACGUCUGGCUGUGCGACCUUUCCGGCUGCGACGGCGUCGAAGGGACUACCGACGAUGGGGGGAAGUCGAGUUGCCAAGCCGGAGAGGGAGGAGCAGGAGAGGCACGAGUAGGAGAAGGGGUACGAGGAAGAGAAGGAGGAGCAGCAGCGAGGUGGGAGUUGAUUAACGAGCACGCGCCGUUCUCCCCGCGAGCCUAUCACAGCGCGACGCUUGUGGGCGACUCGGAGAUCUGGGUGGUGGGCGGCAGCGACGAAAAGGCGGUGAAGCACGACGUGUUCGUGCUCGACACGCGCACCAGGCAGUGGAGGGAGGUGCAGACACGUGGCAGAUAUGCAGAGUAUCCACGUGCCACACAUGCGGCCCUGGUGCAUCCGCAGCACGCCACGUGGCUGCUCAUCCACGGGGGAUAUGGGGGCGAAGGGCCCAAGCUGGAUUUUCUGGCUGACCUCUGUGUUCUCGAUACAGAGUGUCUGCUAUGGCAAGACGUGCGUCCCUCCGGCGCCCCUCCCUCUGCCCGCGGCUACCACUCCAUGACAAACCUGGCCGGCCGGGCUGUCGUCUUCGGAGGAAAGACCAAGCAGCGCGCAGACAAGGAGCAGCAGGGCCUCUGGGCCUAUGACCCGCUAUGCGAUGCAUGGGUCGAGCCCAAGGUGGCAUCUUCGGGGGGACCCCGACCACAGCUACGGUCAAACCACGCGGUGGCAUGUGUGGGGGGCGAUAUGGCGGUGAUGCACGGAGGCAGGGUGAAGAAGGAUAGACUGGAUGACCUCUGGCUACUGCAGGCCUUAACCCCAGCACACAACACACCCCCAUCCCCACCAGCCUCCCAUGCCUCUCCGCCGCUCACCCUCGCCUGGCACCGCAUCGCCUCCCUCCCCCCCUCCCCCCCCAUGCCUGCUGUGCCUCCCCAUGUGGGGGAAGGGGAGAAUGUGGGAGGUGUGUGUGGUGGGAAGGGGGGCGCGGUGCCUGCGGGCAGGGCGGCGCACUCCUUGGUGUAUUGGGGCCGGUCGCUGUUCCUCUUCGGCGGCUAUGGCGGCAAGGAUCUCUCCUACGCCGACCUCUUUGCCCUCCGCAACCUUCCGUCUGCCUUCCCACCAACGGCCAGCCAAUCACACGCGGCCAACUCAGCAGGCAAGCAUGGAGGGGGAAUUCAGCCAGCUGCCCCUGGCCUGUUACGAGCCAAUCGUGCGACGACACAUGUCGAUGAAGAGGCUGUUGCAGGCACACGUGGCAUGGGAGCUGCAGGUUUGUCUGCUCGCCUUGAGGCUGCUGUGGGAGCAGGAAGAGAAGCUGGAGGAGGAGGAGGAGGAGGAAGAGGAGGAGCAAGAGGAGGAAGAGGGGGUAUCAAGGGGGGAGAAGGUCUAGCAGGAGUGGCAGGAGGAGCGGAAACAGCAGGGGCAGCAGCUCCAGUGACUUCACGACGAGCAACAACAGGAGGCGCAAAGCGGCCUUUGAGCACGGCUCGCAAGCUCACGACUGGGCUCGGAUCGUGGCGUGUGAGAAGGGGCAGCAAGACUGAGGCAAUGCAAGGUGAUGCCCAGAUAGGCUCUGGUCCCGUGGGUGGGGGAGUGGAGGGAGGGAGAGAAGGCAGGCAGGGUGGUGGUGGGGGGGACGUAGGAGAAGGGGCAAGAGGGAAGGUAGUAAAAGCAGGUGAGAAACGAAUGCAGCAGAAUGAACAGCAGAAGAAGCAGAAGCAGCAGAAGCAGCAAAGGCACCAGCAGCAGCAGCAGCUGGCGCAGAGGGAGCAGAGGGAGUGGAGGGCGGUGCAGCGGCAGCAGCUGGACCUAGUGGGGGGCGAUGGAACAGCUGUGGCCGGGGCAGGGGUUGGCGCAGGAAAGAGGGCUGGGACUGUGAACAUGGGCAAACCGGGUCCAGGUAUGGUGAGAGUAGGUGGCUCGGAUUCUGAGGCAUCAGGUUCGGAGGCAGGUCCGAUGGUUGGAGAUGAGAGGGAGGGUGGCAAUAAGAGAAGGCGUCUGGACCAUAACCCAACUAAUGGUGCUGCCGCUGCUGCUUCUGCUGCUGCUGCUGCUGCUGCUGCUGGUGCUGCUGCUACUGGUGGUUCUGGUGCUGCUGGUGGUGCUGGUGGUGCUGGUGGUGCUGCUGCUGCUGCCGGUGGUGCUGCUGGUGCUGCUGCUGGUGGUGGUGCUGCUGCUGGUGCUGCUGGUGCUGCUGCUGGUGGUGGUGGUGGUGCUGCUGCUGCUGGUGGUGGUGGUGCUGCUGAUACUGGUGGUGCUGCUGCUGGUGGUGCUGGUGCUGGUGGUGGUGCUGCUGGUGGUGCUGGUGGUGGUGGUGGUGCUGCUGAUACUGGUGGUGCCGGAGCCUUCAGCGUGGCUGCUGAGGCUGCUGGAAGGGCCAUCCCUGUGCGAGGGGCAACACAGGGAGGAAUGCUGGGGGCAGAGAAGAGAGUGAGAUGUGGGGAAGAUAGCGGUGAUGAGAGAGCGGAGGAGAGAGGGUCGGAGAGAGGGGUGGAGAUGGUGCAAGUACUGGAGAAGGAUCGAUUGAAGGGGGCACAAGGAAUGCGGGAGACAGGCGGGAUGGAGGCGCAAGGGAUGUGGGAGACAGGGGGCAUGGAGGCGCAAGGGGUGGUGCGGGCAGCAGAAGGCAUGAGGGCCAUGGAGCAGCGCCUAGCAGUGCUGGAGAGAGAUGUGCUGCUGCGAGCGUCCAUGGAGCAGCGGAUCAGGGCACUCGCGGACCAGCUAGCAGCAGCCAGGACAGACGCAGGGCUGGCUAGAGCAGAGGGGGAAGCAGUGAGGACGACUUGGGAGAAAUCCCAGAGCGAGCUGGCAGCAGCGCGAGCAGAGGGGAUGGCAGCAAGGGCUGCUCUUGAGAGAACGCAGAACGAUCUAGCAACAGCGAAGGCGGAGGUGGCAGCAACGAGGGCGGCACAGGAGAGGUGUGAGCGUGAGUUGGCAGCUGCGAGGGCGGAAGUGGAGCAGAGGGGAGUGGCAGAGGAGGAGCUUCGCAGGGCUCUGGCCUCCUGUAGAAGUGACCUGGCUCAAACUACGGCUCAGGCUGAAGCCGCGCGGCAGCAGAAGGAGGUGGAGAGGCGCAAGGGGGAGGAGCAGCAGCAGAGAGCCUGCGAGGUGGAGAGGAGGGUUGGGAAAGUCGAGACGCUGAUGAGGGAGCAAGAGGCGCAACUAGCCCACGCACAGGCUCAGAUGCGAGAUGCAACGAGGCAGGUGGACAGCCACCAGCAGCAGGCACGGGAGCUCAGAGGCGACCUGCAGGCAGCGCGUGACGAGCUGUCAUCCCUGCAUGCUGAGGUGGCUUCGCAGCAACAAGCCAUGGAUUCCAUGAAAGCUGCCCAUGCUCAGGAGCAAUGGAGAGCAGCACAGCAGCUUGCAGCAGUGCAGGCAAAACUGGGGGGCGUGAAGCAUGCGCACCAGCAGCUGCAGCAAGCUUUAGGAGAAGCCAGGCAGCAGAUCACCCAGGUGGAAAGGGAGUGGCAGCAGCAGCAGCAAGCAGCAGAGGAGGAGGAGAGGAGAAAGACGGAGGAGCAUAGGCGAGCGACGGAGCAGAUACAAGCCAAACUGAUGGAGGCUGAGGGUCAGAGGCAGUGUGCAGAGCAGCGUCUGGAAGAUUCCAGGAAGCGGGCUGAUGAGCUGGGUGGCAGGGUAAAGCAGUUGGAGCAACGAGCAGACGAGCAUAUGGCGGCAGUGCAGCAGUGGAGGCAAACAGAGGCGCGCCUGCAAGCCUCUCUUCACAAGGUGACCAUGAAAAAGCAGCAGCUGCAGGAUCAGUCUGACACUCUCAGGGCCCAGCUAGCGCACCACAAGGCGCUACAGCAGCAGAUGGAGGGCAUCUGGCAGCAGCUGCGGGUCAGCACAGACACACUCUCUGCCCUGCUACUCUGUAAUACUACCAUCGCUGGUAACCCUACUGGGAGAGGGGGUUUAGAUGAUAAUGAUGAUGAUGAUGGUGGUGGUGGUGGCGAUGAUGGUGGCAGCUGGGUGAAUAAAGGACGCUGCAUGGAGCAGCAGCAGAACCAGCAGCAGGAAGCAGCAGUGGAGAUGGAUGAUGAUGAUUGGCUGCUGGAGCAUGGGCAUGAGCUGGAACAGCAGCGGCAGGUGCAAGCACAGCAGCAGCAGCAGGAGCAGCAGCAGGCAGGGCGGGUGCAUGUGUCCGGGCAAGAGCAGCCUGUGCUGGCUCUGCUCCAUGCUCCUCCUCCUCCUCCGCAGCCCCCACAGCUGCAGCAGUCAGCAGCACGUGGGCAAAGAGCACCAAACAAUGAGAGACAAGUGGGAGAGGGGGGACAAGCGAGGCCGGGGGGACAAGCGGGACAAGCAGGUCCACCAUUGUAUCGCAGCGAUGCCAACAACCUCCAUCCUGUGCACGCUGCUUCUAACGCCCACUCGCUCCCCUAGUCUGCCCGUCAGGCGUUCCGCCCUCCCUAGUUGUCAAAUGCUGCUGGUAGGGUGAUAUGGCUGUUUAUAUGAUUGUGUUACACACGUUCGUUACAAUUGAGCAAGAUUGUUAUGAAUUACAACU